AUGGGUUCCACCGCACCAACGGGCCUGGUGAGGGUAGCUGUCACUCAACACGAACCCGUAUGGCUAGAUCUGGAAGGCGCCGUUACGAAGACAAUUGCCAUUAUCAAGCAAGCGGCUGCUGAAGGUGCAAAGCUCGUUGCAUUCCCUGAGUGCUGGAUUCCAGGAUACCCAGCCUGGAUCUGGUCCCGCCCCGUCGACUUCGACCUCGGCGUCAAAUACGUCCAAAACUCCCUCAAACUCAACAGCCCCGAAAUGAAGCGCAUCUGCGCCGCAGCGGAAGAACACGGCAUCAACGUCUCCCUAGGCUUCUCCGAGCGCGACGGCGAGUCGGUGUACAUCGCACAAGCGCUCAUCGACGAAGCCGGCCUGCUGCAAAUGGCGCGCCGCAAGAUGAAGCCCACGCACAUGGAGCGCACCAUUUUCGGGGAUGCGUCGGGCGAUUGUUUGGCCAAGGUGGUCAAUUUGCCGCAAGUCGGGGCUGUGGGGGGUUUGUCGUGCUGGGAGCAUAUCCAGCCGCUGCUGAAGUAUUAUACUUUUUCGCAGGGCGAGCAGAUUCAUGUUGCUGCUUGGCCGCCGCUGGAUGGGUUUAUUCAGGGGUCGCCUGGGUUUUAUUCCAUGUCGAUUGAGGGCUGCCGGAACCAAUCCCAGUCCUACGCCAUCGAGGCGGGAGCAUACGUGCUGCACGCCACCACUGUGAUCACCGAGAAAGGCAUUGGGUUGAUGGGCACGGCGGGCAGUCCCAUCAUGGGCCAUCCGAUCGUUGGCAGUUCGGCUGUCAUUGGACCCGAUGGCCGCAUCCUGAGUGCGCCGGAGACUGCGAACGAACAGCUCAUCAUUGCUGAUUUGGACCUUUCGCUCAUCACCAAGACGAAGACUUUUGCCGAUGCUAGCGGUCAUUACAGUCGUCCGGAUAUGCUGUGGCUGGGUGCCGAUGAACGACUCAAGAAGAUUGUCCGAGUGGACAUCUAA